AUGGAGGUGUGUGUCAUUGCCAAGUGCACAUAUAAGUCGGAAACCAUCAUGUUUUCAGUUUCAUCAGAGUCAUCCAUGGUUGAUAUUUUGAAGACUUUGUGUCUGAGGUUUAGGGGUUUGCAGUUGGGUUGUUUCACAUUACGGUAUUCGGUGCCCAGUUAUCCGAGUUGUUUUCUAGAAACGGAUAGCGAUUUGGACUUGAUGAGGACAUUUUUGUUGAUAUCAAAUGAGAAGACUGUUGAUAUUUUAGUGAAGGAUUUAUGCGGGAUCAAUGAAUAUAGUGGUGAUUUUUGUGUAAAUAAGGAGUUGAUAGCAUGUGAAAAGGGCGAGUCGUCGUGUUCUAGUACUGUCGAAGACAGAAACGAGUUUUUGGGCAGGUCGAAGAGAGCAAGUGCUAAGCCUUUGUUGUCAAAUGAGUGGGAGACAUACAUACAUCAUGUGGGGCAGAAGUUUGACGGUGGUGCAGAGGAGUUCUGGUUGAAAUUGUGCAAGUACGCUCUUGAAGUAGGAUUUAAUUUUUUAUAUGCCGGCAAUGACAAGAAGCGGGUGGUUGCUGUUUGUUCGAAUAAGAAAUUGGAGGGUUGCAGCUGGCGUGUUUAUGCUUCUCGUUGUGAAGCUACUGGCAGUUUUGUAAUUCGGACGUUAAAUAAUGUUCAUACAUGUGCGGGUCGGAUACGGGAAUCAAAGAGUAAGAUGAUGAGGUCUCGUGUGGUGUCCUCCCUCAUUGUGGACAGAAUUCGUGCAAAACCAGAGCUGAAGCCAGUUGAGAUUAUACACGAGUUCAAAGAUUAUUAUGGUAUAGACAUUUCAUACUACCACGCAUGGUUUGGCAAAGAGUUAGCUAAAUUGGACGUUCACGGUGAUGAGUCGAAGUCCUUCAACGAGUUAGUGUGGUAUGCGGACGCCGUAAAGGAAACUAACACUGAUAUUGGAAAAGGAUUGGGCAGCAAUGGUUCUGCAGCUGGAGUUGUGCUUCCGCCAAUUACAAAGAGGCCAGCCGGAAGACCACCAACAAAGAGGAUCAAAGUUUUUGGUGAAUUUAAAAGGCCAUUGAAAUGCAGUCGGUGCAGUGUUUCUGGGCACAAUAGGAAGACUUGCAAGGCUAUUAUAUGA